GCCCUGCCCCCUUCUCAAGAUGGGGGGCUGAAAGAGUAUAAAACAUAUAGGGGUGGCCAGCCAAGCAUAAGGAAGUGAAAAGCUUGCACGUUUCUUGCUCUAUGUCUGCUCCUGUUUCACCGACUUCAAAAACAAUAAGAUGUUGUCUCGAAAUAUUUUAAUAUUUUCAGCAGUGGUCUUUUUGGCACCCAUAGUUUCAGCUGCUCCCAUUGAAGAGAAAGAACCAGACGAAACAGAGCUGGAAGUGGAGACUGGAGAGGAGCUUUCUGAAGAGGAAGAUGAUGAGGAUGACUCGCAAAUGCAGGAUAUGCAUAUGGGCACUGGAGCGCAGAAAGCCACCGCGGCACCAGGAGACGCGGGUACACCUAGUCAGCAUGAUGCUUCAUUUGAAGGCGAUUCAUCCAAUGGGUCCAAGGUGAAUGGAGGAAGUCCCACACAUACCGGCCAUGACUCAAUGUCAAGCAGUACUUCAGCCACAGGGGGAACUGAGGGUGGUAAUGGGAGAGAGCCACAUGUCCACCCCUCCAGUUCUCAUGAUCCCAGCGCUGAAGUGCCCAUAGGGUCUAGUAUGGAGACAGGUUUUGCAGGUGCAGGGGAUCAUGGGAGUUCAAUGUCACAGGUGCUUUCACCAGGUGCUGUAGAUGCCCCCUCGGAAACCAUCUAUCAUGACUCAGGAACUCAAAUGGGAAGCUCAUCUGGUAUCAACUCAGAAGUGCCUCCACAGUCAUAUCAGACAGCGUCAGAUCAUCACCAAAGUACCUCUCUAAUGGACACAGUGGUUGAUCCAGGUGUGUCUGACCCUGGUUCUCAGAUAGCAGCCCCAGAAUCAGCUGGCUACGAGGCAACCGAUGCGGAAUUUAAUGGAAACGGGCAGAAGCUUCUGGUGAACGGAGCGCAUGAAGGUCCCCUGGGCACAGAUCACAUUGCUGAUGGUGCAGCCCAAACUCACUUAGCAGGUCCAGUGGACCCCUCUAGCAUUGAUCCUCAUGCAGACUUAUUGGGCCUGGCAGACCUUUUUCUUCAUGAUAUCCACACAGCUGUGUCAGGUAUUCUCAACCAUUCUCAUAUUUUGUGUGACAAAUCACUUUGCAAUAUUUUCAUCCAUCUGAGUAUCUUGGGCUGGAUCCAGGACAGUCCUCCAGUAGCGGGUUCCAUCCGGACGCCGCAGCGGAUCUGUCUGGGAGCAGCACUUACACAGAAGGCGGAGGUCAGUGGUUCCCUCUAA